AUGCAGGACUCGCAGCCCGACCUGUCGAAUCGCGCCCUGGCGAAGCUCGCGAUGGUGCAGCCAUGCCAGAUCCGCGAUUGGAAGAAGAUGAGGGAGCGGCUGGAGGUCUCUUCCAGCUGCCGUCGUCGCCUCAUGGGAGCUGGCCGCAAGUCCAAGUUCCCUUUCAUGGAACGGGCGGUCUACCGCCAGUUCCUCAAGCACAGGGGGAGGGGGCUCGCCGUUUCGGGUGAGGUGGAAGUCCUUGACGACGUCAACGACCUGGUUGACGACGAGCUCGUCGUCAACCCCUUCUACGCCGAAGUCCCCAUGCUGGCCGAGGAGCUGCAGGCGGCGGGAGAGGAGGCUGACGCCGCUGAGGAGGACGCUGAAGCGGUGGUGGCAGAGGAGGAGGGGGGCGUGCUUGAGGAAGGCGGGGAGGCAGAAGAGCCCAGCGAUGACGAAUGGUGGCGCCCUGGCCGCUUUGACGGGGAAUACUGUGAAGAAUGGCAUGCAGGAGACGAUUCUGAGUAG